CUAUAUGCUGGAUAAUUCAAUUUGGAGUUCAAAAAUGAUCCUGUGCUUUUCUUUUCCGAAAUUUUAGCAAAUGCCGCUGCAAAAUAGUAUCAGAAAGUAACCCAUGAAGAAUCCUCAAUGUUUCCUUUACUUCUCAUUCUUGAAACAACUCAUCAGGUAAGCCGAACCGUCAUAUUAGGUGAGGAAAGGUGAGAGUGUUGCCCCAUUAUCGUGUUAUGAAGGCUGUGAUGAUUCCUCCUGCGAUAUUACCUGGUCUUCAGCCAUUGCUUUCAGCUUUCAACUCUUGCUGGAGAAUUUCUCUGCAGUCGAGCUUUGAACUUGAACAACCUAAUAAGCACGAAUUGUUUAAGAUCUGAGCCUUAUGUGCUUGAAAUGAAAAUACAUCACAUUACGAAGACCAAAUAUCCAUAGAAUGAACUGGAGUCCAUUACCCUUGGCAAUGUUUAGACCGUUGAUGGCAGCUGCAAGCCUAGUGAGAUUAUUUACUCCUUAACCGAGAGCAUAUGGGAAAGUUAUGUUCCGCCAUUAAUGGGCCUUAUAGUGCCGCCUCCUACACCAACAAUACCUGUGUCCCAUGAUGAUCAUAUACUGAGAAAAGAGAAAAAUGAUGAUCUGUAAUUUCUACAAAAUCGGUCCUCUUUUCUAGAUUCCGUUUGGCACUUGGAACAUCCGGAAAUUUCAAGGAAUAACAAAAACUUCUAGAUUCACAUUCUUAAAACACAAAUUUAAUACAUAUUUUUCUUUGACCUUUUCUAUUUUAACCUUAUUAGGCAGCGUGUGAUGGUCUACAAGGUUUUUCUCUUGACUUUCCACUAUAACCUAUAACCUAAUCCUCAAUGGAGGAUUAAGUUAAAGAUACUCUUUUCUUUUACAGUUAAAACCCUAAUUCUGUGUGUAAUCAAAAUCACAAAAGGUCUCUGACAGUCCUCCCAUCUCUGCAAAAGAACAGUAGGAAGCUCUGUCAUGGCCGCUGACAUGUCGUGCAGCAGCUACAACAAUAGCAAUAGAAGCCAGAGUGACCUGAAGGCGUACCGCGCCUCCAUUAUUCAUAGCAUCGGCGACCCUUCGGAAGUAGAAAAGGGCGCGUCUUAUGACUAUUUCCCAGACGGCCUCCUGAUAGUAGAAAGGGGGAAAAUCCGAGCCGUAGGGCACGCAAAUGAUCUUUUACCCUCCUACGAGCAAACCCUAGAAAUUAUCCACUACGAAGAAGCCCUUAUAACCCCGGGCUUCGUGGAUACGCACAUUCAUUAUCCGCAGCUGGAGAUUGUGGGCUCGCAUGGAGAGCAGUUGCUGGAAUGGCUGGAAAAGUACGUUUUUCUGGCGGAAGGGCGCUUUGAUGAGAGCGGCCACGCAGAAGAUGUGGCUCGCCGCUUCUUAGCGGAAUUGCUGCGCAACGGUACGACAACGGCGCUCGUGUUUGGGAGCGUCCAUAAAGAGUCUGUAGAUGCUUUUUUCCAGGUGGCGGCGGAGCUAGGGCUGCGCAUGAUUGCUGGGAAGGUGCUCAUGGACUCCAAUGCGCCAGACUGGCUCAGGGAUACGGUAGAGUCAGGGUACAAGGACAGUUUAGAGCUCAUACAACGCUGGCACGGGAAGCAUCGAUUGAGCUAUGCAGUUACACCACGUUUUGCUAUCACAUGCAGCCGUGAACAAUUAAAAAGCGCAGGGCGUCUGUUGACAGAGCACCCAGGUGUUUACCUCCACACCCACCUUUCAGAAAACAAAGCAGAAAUCGAGUCCGUAGCCCAUCUUUUUCCAGAACGGACAGGCUACUUGGACGUGUACGCCCACUAUGGCUUAGUGGGGCCACGCUCCAUUUUCGCCCAUGGGAUCCAUCUCACAGAGCACGAGUGUGCCCAUCUUGGGCACGCAGGUGCCGCCGUGGCAUUUUGCCCAUCUUCCAAUCUGUUUUUGGGCAGUGGGCUGCUUGACCUGGCGAGGUUAGAGAAGCACAAGGUCCAUGUUGGGUUAGCAACUGAUAUUGGAGCGGGCACCUCUUUUUCGUUGCUACACACCUGUAAUGAGGCUUACAAGGUGUUGCAGCUCCAAGGCCACAAAUUGGAUCCUUUCAAGGCCUUGUAUUUGGCCACUUUGGGAGGGGCCCGAGCAUUGAGGCUGGAUGAUAAGAUUGGCAACUUUAGCAUUGGCAAGGAGGCUGAUUUUGCGGUGCUCGAUUACAAGGCCACACCAUUGCUCGACUACCGGAUCGGUGGUGCCAACAAAAUUGAGGAGAAGUUGUUUGUGCUCAUGAUGUUGGGGGAUGAUCGAUGUGUGAAAGAGACUUUUGCCGAGGGGAGGUCCGUGUACAGACGAGCUGGCUCUUGACUUUUUUUCUAUUGAAGCUUUCCAUUGUUGCAUUCCAUUAAAUUAAAUAGGGCUGCAGUCAUAUGGAGGCCAAUCUCUAAAAAAUUGUUGAGAAUUCUCUAAAAAAAUGUAGAGAAUUUUCAGGAGUUCAGUAAACAGAGGUUUCAUUGAUUUUUUUAAUAAUGGGAAGUUUAAAAUUUUGAGUUUUUAAAUUUAAGAAAGUCGGUGGUCCA